AGCGCCGGGGCCCCCGCUCGGCGCGGCGGCGAUGGGGGGCGAUGUCGCCGUCUCCGUGUCAGCGGAUGCGGCCGCGAGCCUCCCAGUCCCUGCCCCUGUGCCGCGGGCAGCAGCCGAGCAGCCCCACGGAGCAGCCAGGACCCCCGCGGGCUGGCGGCCCGUGGUGCUGCUCAGCGGGCUCCCCGGGCCGCUCGCCGCGGAGAGCGCGGCCGCCUGCCUCCGCCAGGGCUGGGAGCUGUCGCCCGUCGGGCUCACCGGGCCGAAGGCCCUGCCCCGUUACGAGGUGCCAUGCGUCACGACGGAAGGGACGUCCAAUGGCCCGGCCGGCGUCACGAUCAGCCUGGUCAGCUCCAACGACCCGCUGGCGCAGCGGGCGGCCGUGGAGGAGGCCCUACGCAAGUACGGUGAUCGCCUCGUCGCCGUGGACUGCACGCACCCGUCAAGCCGCACAAGGAGUGGCGGGGCUUCUCUGGCCACGGCGGGGGCCUCGGCCACGAAUCGCCCCUCCGACCCGGACCUGGGGAGCGGGCCGAACGCCCGAGCCCCUCCCGAGCCAGCAGCGCUUCCUGCCUCGGCGUCCUGGCUGCAGGUUGCCCCAGGUGCCCCUGGCCGUGGCGGACCCCGCGGCACGCGCGGCUGUCUGCGGCGCGGCGCGGCAGGGGCAGUCCGCGCGGUGAUGGCGAACGCCGAGCUGUUCGCAUCGACAGGCUGCCCCUUCGUGAUGGGCACCACGGGCGGCGACCAGGAGGCCUUGCAGAAGCUGGUCGGGGACGCGGGCGUGUACGCCUUGAUCGCCUCGAACAUGUGCAAGCAGAUCGUGGCCCUGCAGGCGGGCGUGGAGAGGAUGGCGGCCGACUUCCCCGGCGCCUUCUCGGGCUAUCCAGCGAGCGCAGGCGCCACCUCCGCGCAGCGCAGCCUGGCGAUUCUCAGCCCCCACCCACGGCGCAGCGCAGGCCCGCGCGAGGCGACCAGCCACCUCGACCGAGCUCGGUGCGGCGUCGGAGAGGGCCACUGUGCAGCGGGGCCGGGUUUCCCGGGCUGCCCUGCCCGCGCUGUGGAGGCAGUGCCCGCGCCGAGCGGCGCGGCAGGGCUGGCGGCCCUGGAGAGGCCCCCUGCAGACAGGGCGGGCAGCACCCACAAGACCUCGGCCGUCGACCUCCUGUGGGAAGAUCCGGCGCCGGACCUCCUUCGUUCAGAGGGCCAGUUGGACACCAUGCGGAUAGAGGAGUCCCACCAGAAGACGAAGGCCGACACCAGCGGCACCGCCAGGGACAUGGUGAACUCUUUCCAGGGGCUCGGGCUGGACUUCUCGGUCGAGCAGAUACAGAUGAUCCGCGUGGCUGCGCCGCUCAAGGCGCUCUCCCAUGGACACACAGAGCCGGCCAAGGAGUACGAGCGCCACCAACCUCGCACGUGGGAGGCUCUGUCUUCUCUCAUGCGCACUGCAGCAGAACAGACAGUGGGCAGAGGGCGAGAUGAGACUGUGGGUGUGCCGUACCUUCCUCGUGACUUGGAUAUGGUUCGCCACAAGAAGAAGCUGGUCGCCGAGGCCUGGCAGGGGGUCGUGGACGCUCCGGGGCCCGUCGAGAUGCGCUCGGCCAAGGCUGCGCACGAGGCUGCCAAGACGGCGCUGUCCCGCUUCAAAUACAGAGUUCGCGCCCGACGGGUUCGCGACCGCAUUCGGGGGCUGGAGCAGGCCGCUGGCCAGAGCGAUCUCGGAGCCAUCAACUCCAUCAUGGCCUCCAUGGGCUUGGCAGACGAGGUGGGGCACGACCGGCGAGCCGGGCAGGGUUUCACCGUCGAGGAGGCCAAGGGCCAGGUCUGCAAACUUGGCGAGUCACCCGUCGAGGCAUCGAUCGACGUGCGCACGCACAUACAACCACGACCGACCGAUGAGAGGCUGGGCUGGCGCCCUGCUGCGCAUGAAGUGCGGAACGCCUUGCUGGGCAUGAAACAAAGUGCAGCCGGCACCGACGAGAUCUCCAAGAUUCUCUUGACCGCCGGUGGCCUUGAGCUCCUCUACGAGUUCAGCGUGGUCGUGCAGCACAUGUGGGACCAACCCCCAGAUCAGUGGCGCCAUCUUGCACACGAGGUGUACGGCGUCAUGCUCUUCAAGGGCAAAAGGAGCCGUGCCGAUGUGACGAAGUAUCGGCGCAUCAUGAUUAUAUCACCAGUUGCCCGGGUUAUUGCCCGCAUCAUAGCACAGCGACUGGCUGCAUUUGCCGAGCGGGAGGACAGACUCCUCAGCAAUCAGUACGGCUUCCGGCGGCAUCGUUCGGUCCUUGGUCCCAUCAUGGUUCUCACGAUCCUCCUGGAGAUGGCAGCAGAUGCGCCCCCGUCUGACGAUGAACGCCUCAUGGCUAUUUUCGCGGAUAUCGAGAAAGCGUAUCCGAGCACUGUGCGUGAUGUGUGUUUUGAAUCUCUCAAAGUGCUCGGGGUUCCUGACCGUGCUCUACAUCUUCUGGAGUCGCUGCAGAGCCUGGCAUUGUAUCGCAUCGGAGGGAAGGAGGGGUACUCAUCCUCAUUCCGGGUCUUCCGUGGUCUCAAGGAAGGGUGCCCUGCCAGCCCGGUCACUUUCAACUUGUUGCGCUCACAGAUCAUACGGCAUUUUGAACAGGAGGCAGGACAGGCGGGCUUAGGCGUAACCGUGGCUGACACCACCGAGACGCUACACUAUCGCCGGCGUAGACGCCAGCAGGGGCCGCCUCCUGAGUCCACCACGCGCCGGCUGAUCACCCUGCUGUUUGCUGAUGAUACGAACAUUCUCACUCGCUUCCGUGACCAGCGACGGGCGGAAGAACUGCUGGAACGUAUUCUGCUGGAGUGGGGCCUCAAGGUGAACCAGACCAAGUGCGAGCGACUGAUGAACGGCACCGACCAUGGACAAAACGCUUCUGCUCGCUUUCUCGGUGCAAUGCGCCGGGGUGACGGCGACUACGGCACGGACACCACCACGCGCUUCAACAAGGCGAAGGUUGCGUGGAACAAGAUGUUCAAGCGCAUGCCGGAGUGGGGGUUAUCCGACAAGUUAUUGGGGCAGUUCAUACAAGCAACGGUGCUGAACACGUUCAUCUUUGGGUGCGAGGUCCGCCCGUUCUCGGCCAAGGAGCUCCGCUCUUACGAGGUUUUCUGGAAUCGGGCCCGCCGGAAGGAGCUCGAUAAGGCCGUCCGGGAGCACGUGGGACAGGCGAAAGCGGUCCAACAGGUGAUGGAGGACCUGUAUCAGCACCCGCAGUUGCUCAGCCCCCAAUACCACCGCCGCCAGCUCCGCACCCAGUACAACGCCGUCUACGAGGCAAACAACGACCAGCGCUGGCUGUUCCGGCUCAAGACGGCCAUCGUCAAAUCCCUCGCGGCUUCCACACCUCAUACGGCCACUGCGCUGCACGUGAUGGACGCCCUCGCCCAGAUGGUGGCCGACAAGAAGCGCGGCGCGGCGGCGUCCCAGGGGGCCAGACCAGACAGCCCUUCCAAGAAGGGCAAGACUAAGGGCAAGGGCAAGGGCAAGCCCAAGACGGACAGCGCGGACGCGGUCUUGACUUGCCUGGUGCGCGACCACCUGCACAUGAGGAAUGACGUGGGCAACCUGAAGGCGGCCGCCAACCUGAUGAUCAUCGUGCUGUGCAACACGUUGAAGGUGGAGAUCGACGCGUCCGCCAAGGUGUGGACGGACAACAUGUCGCAGGACGACUCAGCCCACCCGCUUGGAUGCGGAAAGCGCACGGUGAUAUUCGGUGCCCUCCUGAGCAUCUUCGGCAACUUGGAGGAGGGCGCGGACGAAUCGCAGAAGGCCGCGGCGGGGUCGCUCAAGCGCCUGUCGCCCUCCCAGAUGGACGCGUUCGUGGCCGGAUGCAAGUCCCGGCACAACAAGUACGACGAGAAGCGCCCAUGGAUCUUCACCCUGUCCGUGCGCCCGGGCGUGGACUCCGACCAGCGCAAGAACGUGCACGCGCUCGUCGGCAUCAACGCGCAGAAGAAGAUCCGGGUGGUGCACGAGGCGCCGCGCCAGGGCCCCGAGGCGGAGGAGCUGUGGGAGUGGCUCAAGAAGCAGUAG